CCGGUUUACCCACGCUUUUUCUGUCAUCUUUGUUUGUCUUAGAGACUAUGAGUAAGGUCGAUUUGAAAGCUCAUGAAACGCAUCAAUGUCAGUUUUCAUCCCCGCCAUUUUCCGGAACUCAGAAAACUCCAUACCCGAAUAAUCGUUUCUUCUCCAACUAAACCGGAAUUCGAACCGGAUGGGACAUCUGUUCAUUACAACUUACUGGGUCACGUACUGGACACGAACCCGGAUCACAAAACCCUCAUAACAGUGCACUCCAGAAUCAUCCUUCAAAAUCUACGCUGCGACUCGGCUCUAGGCGUUAAACUCAUGAAAGCUUACGCUGCCUUAAAAGACGUGGAGUCAGCACGCAAGGUGUUCGACGAAAUUCCCGAGAGAAACGUUGUCAUCCUUAACGUCAUGAUCAGAAGCUUUGUGAAUAACGGGUUUUACCGUGAAGGUAUCCAAGUGUUUGGGACCAUGUGUGGCUUCGAUGUUAGACCCGAUCAUUACACUUUCCCUUGUGUUCUAAAGGCCUGUUCUUGCUCUGGGAAUGUCGUCAUCGGGAAGAAGAUACAUGGGUCCGCUACAAGAGUUGGGCUCGCUUCUACUUUGUUUACUGGGAAUGGUUUGGUUUCUAUGUAUGGAAAGUGUGGGUUUUUAUCUGAAGCGAGGCUUGUGCUUGACGAGAUGUCGAGGAGAGAUGUUGUCUCUUGGAACUCUUUGGUUGCUGGGUAUGCGCAGAACCAGAGAUUUGAUGAUGCUUUGGAGGUUUGUAGGGAGAUGGAAUUUGUGAAGGUAAGCCACGACGCUGGCACGAUGGCUAGUCUGUUACCAGCAGUGACCAAUACAACGAGGGAUAAUGUUAUGUAUGUUAAAGAUAUGUUUUUGAAUAUGGGGAAGAAGAAGAGUUUGGUUUCAUGGAAUGUGAUGAUCGGCGUGUAUAUGAAAAACGCAAUGCCUGUUGAAGCCGUGGAGUUGUAUUCCCGAAUGAUGGAAGCUGAUGGGGUCGAACCUGACGCAGUCUCAAUCACAAGUGUGUUACCUGCUUGUGGAGAUACAUCUGCUCUGUCUCUUGGUAAGAAAAUACAUGAAUACGUCGAGAGGAAGAAGCUGAUACCGAAUCUAUUGGUAGAGAACGCGUUGAUUGACAUGUACGCAAAAUGUGGGUGUCUAGACAGAGCAAGAGACGUGUUUGAGAAAAUGAAAUCUCGUGACGUUGUGUCUUGGACAGCUAUGAUCUCAGCUUAUGGAGUCAGCGGAAAAGGCCGUGACGCUGUGGCAUUGUUUUCUAAAAUGCAGGACUCGGGUCUCGUCCCUGAUUCAAUUGCGUUUGUCACAACGAUAGCUGCUUGUAGCCACGCCGGGUUAUUGGAAGAAGGUCGGAGUUAUUUCAAACUCAUGACAGAUCAUUACAAGAUCACUCCGAGGUUAGAGCAUUUAGCUUGUAUGGUGGAUCUGCUUGGACGAGCCGGGAAAGUAAAAGAAGCCUAUAGCUUUAUACAAGAAAUGUCAGUGGAACCAAACGAGAGAGUUUGGGGAGCGUUAUUAGGAGCUUGUCGGAUGCAUGCUGAUACAGACAUCGGUCUACUGGCAGCUGAUAAGCUAUUUCAGUUAGCACCAGAGCAAUCUGGUUACUACGUGUUACUUUCUAACAUCUAUGCAAAGGCUGGAAGAUGGGAAGAGGUAACUAAGAUCAGAGAUAUAAUGAAGAGCAAAGGGUUAAAGAAGAAUCCUGGAGCGAGCAACGUUGAGGUGAAUGGAGAAAUCUAUACAUUCUUGGUAGGUGACAGGUCACACCCGCAAUCCGAUGAGAUUUACAGAGAGCUGGAUGUUCUAGUGACGAAGAUGAAAGAGUUAGGGUAUGUUCCUGAUUCGGAAUCUGCGCUUCACGAUGUGGAGGAAGAAGAUAAAGAGACGCAUUUGGCUGUUCAUAGUGAGAAGUUAGCAAUUGUAUUUGCUCUGAUGAACACAGAGGAAGGAGAAGAAGAUAACAACGCCAUAAGAAUAACGAAGAACCUUAGGAUCUGUGGUGAUUGUCAUGUUGGGGCAAAGCUUAUCUCGCAGAUAACUUCUCGCGAGAUCAUCAUCAGAGACACCAAUAGGUUUCAUGUGUUCCGGUUUGGUGUUUGCUCUUGUGGUGACUAUUGGUGAAAUAAAUAAUGUUUAAAGGUUUAUAAACGCAGCGCUAUGAUGAGAAUGAAAGUACACCUUUUUCGGACAGCUUUAUAAUAUCUUAUUGUCUGACAACCAAUGAUUAAAUAACACGUCAUCAGCUGUAAGGAAAACUCUUCAUAUAGAUAGCCUAAACUGCAAGUCCCCUCCAGCUUGUGAACUCAGAGAGAUUUGAAGAAGCGAUGUGAAACAUUUCUUACCAGUGGGAAUGUUAACUCUAGUGCGCUUUUCAACGUCUCAACAAUACUUCAGAGUGUAGUUUCCUUUUUGUUUCUUAUGCAAUACAUUUCUUACCAGUGGGAAUGUUAACUCUAGUGCGAAGUAUAUGUUUCUUGAUUAUAUAGACCAAGAAAGUUGAGGCAUGAGGUGGCACGGAUCUGCGCCUUGGUUUGGCUAAAAACCUUCACUUUGAGGCUAUUAGCUUCAACUGGUGAUCUUUCCCUAUUUUCAGCUUUGAUUUAUUGUUUAAAAAUCUCUUUUAAUAGUGUUUUGCGUGAUUGCUUGAGAAACAAGGAAUGGUUUGUGAAAUGUACGAUUCCUAUGGCCGUCUUCGUGGUGAUCUCGUGGUGAUCUUCGCGUCAUAACUUAACGUUAGUCGAUUAUAGCGUUCUGAUGACAGUUGAUCCACAUCUUAACGAAAAAAACC